AUGGCGCCUUAUUUUGUCGACCUUGCCGCCAAGGAGAUGUAUUCUCCUUUGGUUUACCUGGCCUUCGCGGCCCUUAUCCUCCUCCUCUGCGUCGCCAGCGACGCACCAGAGUUGUACCAGGACGCCGCCGACGUGCUUCGUGACAUCGUCGCGGAGCUGUCCGUGGUCUCCUGCGUCUUCCUGGUUUUCGCGGGUUUCUCCAUCGCCAACUUGUUGGCAUGGUUCUUUAUUUUAACCCGCCCGGUCCUUCCAUCACCUUCAGAGAUUCGCUACAGGGUCAAACUGGCCUUGGAGUCGCUGAUCGUGAGGUUGGUCACGGAAGCCACUCGUCGAGUCAACCUGGCUCGCGAGUCGGCCACCACGGUCGCUUGGGGGUACAUCAACGCCCUUAAGCAGACCAUUAUCGCCGGACUGGUUUCGACCGUGUCCGCCCUCCUUCUCCGCCUUGUCCUGGCUUCCCUCCGGUUCCUCCUGCGGCCCUUCAUGCCCACUCUUCUCCGGAAAUACCAUCUGGAGAAGAAUUGGCUGGAGUCCCGCGCCGGGGACUUCGUCGACUGGUACUGCGCUGUCACCACCAAGAGGAAACUCGCUCACCUGCGUUUCCUGCUCCAGCGCCAGGAGUUGGUGUACGCAGUCCAGUCGGCGUUGCUCGCCCGCAUGAACCAGAAGGUCAAAAAGGCCGCGCUUGACACUUUAGAGGUGUUCAACAAGGCCCCGAACGCCUUCCAAGGGUUGCACCGGGACAUGGUGCCAAAGCUCUUCAAGAACCCGAUCGCUGCCACCGCCCCGGAAGCCGGACCCCUCCCCAAGCUCAGCUUGUGGACCCGCUUCUGGCGCCGUGGUGACUGGAACGUCAUCUGGGCCGAGGAGAACAUCCGUCGGUUCGGUCGCGCCUCUAGACUCACCCAGGCCAGCGUCAAGGCCCUGGAAGAUGAGCUGGAGCGCCGGUUCCAGCAGCGACGGGCGAUUGAAGAGGACGUCCAAGAAUACCUCCGCCGCGAACAGGAGAAGUGGGACGAUCUUUGGUCGAGAACAACCCCGGAGCGGUGGGUGCUGGGGUCAACCAUCCGCUACGAAAGGAUGAUGCGAGAGUCGCUGGCCAGGUCCAGACGGAAUGCCCCCGGGUUUCCAUUGGAUCUGCCCUUCGUGCCCAAGGCACAGCAGCAGACCCUCGCUCCCCCGGGAUCGCAAGAUGCCGCCCAGCACCUACCGGUGGUUGUUCCCAAGAUCGUCAUCACGCCACCCUCCCUUCCUCCCUCGCCGCCGCCCUCUCCCAAGCUUCUCCCUGCCGCCUCGACCCCGCCUGUGCCGUCUCCAGAGAAAGUCCUCCUCGAGGAGGCGCACAAGUCAAGGGUCAGGUUCCACGAGGAAUCUCUCCGGCAAGCCGAACUCAUGCGGCGCUGGCAGAGUGAAGUCGACGGUUACCGGCUGACGCUUGACGCCGAAAACCGGGCAAUCCGGGAGAGCAGGAGACGGCGCGAGCGCCUCUCGUAUCGCCAGAUGCGGGCAGCGCAGGAGUGCGUGCAGCAGGAGGCCGAACCGAGCGCCUCCAAUGACAACAGCGUCGUCGGCACCGACGCCGAGUCAGCUGCUGCACUCCAGAAGAGGGAGGUGGAGGAGGGACUGCGCCAGGCCGCAGAACAUCGCCAAGCCCAGGAAGCCGAGCUCGAGUCUUCACUUGCAGAGGAGGCUCGGCUCCGGGCCCAGUUGGAGGCCGCCCAAGCUGCUCGUGCUGCUGCCGAAGCCAGAGUUGAGUCCGCACGUGCGGAGGAGACCAGGCUGGCCGAGUUGCUUGAGCGGCUCAACUCGGGUGGCGAUGCUUCUGCUGAGGACUCUCAGCACCGGGAGAACGCUGUGGAGGGCAAAGACGCCACGGAGACCGAUGCCCCCAGCAGCACGGCUGGAGAAAGCAAGUCUCCGGAGGCUGAGCCUCUGCAGGCUGAUUCUCUGUGCGCGGCCCAGGAGACCGAAACUCCCGAGACCGAUCUUUUGGUCGGUUCUCUGGAGGACGUUUCCCUGGGCCACGAUGCUCCGCCGUUGGACGAGCAUGGUGCGGAGGACUCGAGCCUGGUGGUGCUCCUGGUGCGGCUAACCUUGGACGACAACGAGGAGGAGGAACACUCCCCACAGCAUCCUGUCGUCGAGGAGCAGCACAAGCUCGCCGAUGAACCCAAGCCCGCAUCGCGGGGCAAGGUGAAGGCUGAGCAGCUCGCCGAUGAACUGGACCUUCCACAGGAAGGGAAGGUGAAGGCGGAGCAGACUCUCUCUGCCCAUGAACCAGAGCCUGCACAGCAGGGGAUGGUGACCGCAGAGGAGACCCAUCUCGCCGACCAAUUGGCUCGGUUGAGUUUGGAUGAUGCUGUCUCCCAGCAGGAGUUUGUGGAGGAGGACAAGCGCGCCCAGGAACCGGAACCUGCGCAGCAGGGGAUGGAGAAGGCAGCGCAGCUCGCCGAGGAACCCGAGCUUCCCGAGGAAGGGAAGGUGAAGGCGGAGCAACACGGCGCCGAGGAACAGGAGCCCGCAUCGCGGGGGAUGGAGACGGCCAUUGAGGAGGGCGGCGACCAGACCGGGAACGCCAGCUCCACCGAAGAGGCCCAAAACUGGGCUGAAUUCGAGAUGGACCUGGACGACUGGAUGGCGCAGCCCGAGGAGCAGCUGAGCGAGCAGCAAAGACUCGCCGCCGAAGCGGAGCAGGCUCGGUUUGCCGUCGAGGUCCAAGCGGCCCACGAGGCCGCAGAGCUCCAGCGACGUGCGGAGGAGGAAAGGCUAGCCCAGCUCGCUGCCGAGAGAGCCCGUGUCGCUGCUCUGGAAGCCCUCGCUGAGCAAGAGCGCCAGCAUCAACAAAACCUGGCCGAGCUCAGGAGGGCGACCGAGGAGUGGGAAGAGCAACGCCGCGCCGCCGAGCAGCGUCGUCUUUUCGAGGAGGAGCAACGCCGCGUUGAGGAGCUGCGCCAAUUCGAGGAGCGACGCCGUCUUGAGGAGCAGCGUCGUCUUGAGGAGGAGCAGCGCCUCCUGGAAGAACAACGUCGCGCCGAGGAACUGCGCCGUCUCGAGGAGCAACGCCGCGUUGAGGAGCUGCGCCGUGCCGAGGAACAGAGACGGCGGCAGGAGGAAGCUCUUCGUCGGCUCGAUGAGCAAAGUAUUGCCCAUCGAGCAGCAAUGGCUCAGCGACAGCCUGAGCAGAAACGGGCUGCCGAGGAGUAUGCUGCUGCGCGGCGGGCGGAACAGGAACAGUGGCAGCGGACUGCUCGUCUUUCGGCCUUGCAAGAGCUUGCCGUACAAGAGACGCGGGCUGCAAAACAGAGCAUUGCCCGAGAGCGUGCAAGACCCGCUGCGCUGGAGGAGGAGGACGCUUGGGACUCCAUGUACGCUGCCCUGGAGGAGGUGGCAUCAGGUCCCCAGCCGUCCCGACCCUCGCCUCUUUUCCGCCCCGCCCCGGCGCAGUCACUCUCUUCGUCGAUUCGGCCGACAACGCCCUCAGCCAGGGCAUUCACCGCCGCCACCCUGGCCCCAGUGCCCCCUCUCCGGCCCCAGCCUCAGCGCCAGCCCAAACCCCGUCCCCAGCCUCCGCGCCAGCCAGCAGCAGAGCUCCGGGCUCCUGCUACUCCCACUUUUGCCCCCGCCGUCCCGACCCAACCUCUGCCCCUGCCCCGGCCGGCCCCAGCUGCUGAAUCCAGCCAGCAGGGCGCCCAGCGAGAACAAGCAGCCGAGCGCAAGGUGCUGCGCCCUCGCGGGGUCAAGGCCAGCGAGGAGGUCAAGAAGAAGGCCGCCCAAGACCUGGCCGAAAUUGAAGACGCCAGGGACAAGGCCGAGUGGGAGCACAUGCUCCAGCACACGGACGAGGGGCGGGAGCUGACUGCCUUCCUCGAAGAGGAAGAGGAGAAGUGGGCUCGGGAGAUUGAGGAGGAGCAGGCCGCCGCCGCCGCCGCCAACUCCGCCGCCGAGGCCGAACAACAAGCGGCCGAGGAAGCCCAAGCCCAGCAGAACGCGACCAGCCAAGACAAGGGCAAAGGCAAGGAGAAGGCCACGGCGUCCUCAGACGCAUCGACCGAGGACGCCGCGGCGACAAAGCCCGCUCCCGCCAACGCCAAGGCCGCCGCCGCCCGCGCCGCUGCCCGCGCUGCCGCUCUCGCCGAGUUCCGGGCCAUCGAGCAAGCCAGUAAACAGUCCGAGGAGAGCUGGCAGCAGCGUUCCGCGCCCACCUCCGCCGCCGCCAUCGCAUCAGUCAACUACGAGAUUGAGCGAUUCCUCAGCCCCCAGAUCAACGGGGAGCCGGCGUUCGACCCUCGCGCCGAAGAGGCCCUCGCUGCCGCCCAGCUUGCCGAGGCGAUGCGCCGAGGCGCUGAGGCCGCGCAGCGAGAGGCCAUGGCCGAGAGAGAGCGGCACCAGGCCGAGCUGAGGGAGCAGCGGCUGGCGGAGGAGGGGGCCCGGAACGAUGACAGGGCGCGGGAGGCCAAGAGGGCGAUGGGGGAGGAGAAGGCCAGGAAGGCCGAGGAGGAGGGAGAGGCCCAGGGGGGCGAGGGGGUAGACAAGCCCUGGAAGGGCUUGGAUGAGGAGGAGGACAGCGCGGAGGAGGAGAGCGCGGGGGAGGAGAGCGGCGAGGAGGAAGGGGAGGAUGAGGAGAUGGCGGAGGAGCAAGGCCCCGCCGAGGAGAUGACUGGGGAGGGGAGCGCCGGGAAAGGCCCGGGAGGACAGGCCAAGGGGAAGGGGAAGGGAAGGCCCAAGAAGGGCAAGAAGAAAAAGGCCAAGGGGAAGAAGGCCAAGGGAGGAAAGCGUCGGGGAGGACGGCGCUGA